GAGCGUGUGUCCUUUUCUCAUCGGCCCGUGGGACCUGAAAGAACUCAUCGAAACCCUAUCCAGCCUCGAUUCGCCACCAAACCCUAACCCUAUUCCGCUUGAUGUUGUGAUUCCGCCGCGCUUGCCAUGGCUCUAGAGGGGCCCGCGGAGCGACGGGACGAAGGCCAGCAGGCAGGGGUGGCGAACGGGAACUGCGUGGCUCCGCCGCCGUCGCGGAUGGCCGGCCGGCCAUCGGGCACCACUGCGCACUCUGACAGGCGGCUGCGGUUCAACCCGAACACGGAACAUAAGUCGCUGGACUACACCGACGUGCGCGGUGAGUACGCGCCGGCCGUCUACAGCGCCCUGGAGCGGCACCUCCCGCCUAGCCUCCUUGAGGCCGACCGUGACGUCAAGCUACAGUUCAUGCGUGACAUACUCGCUCGCUACUGGCCCCAUGGCGAGCGCAACAAGGUUCAAAGGCACAAAGAAUACAGGCAGAAGAUACUCCACCUCUAUAAGCCACUUCAUGGAGAAUUAUACACAAUGCAUCCUUCAGCUUUCUUCUUACCAACAUUCCUUGAAGCAGUAAGAACUAAUACAGAAGAAAGUAUUGCAAGUAUAAUGACUGAGCCAACUCCUGGUGUUUUUUCAUUUGCUAUGUUACAGCCCAACUUUUGUGACAUGCUGUUGGAGGAGGUAGAGAACUUUGAAAAGUGGGUUCAUGCAAUGAAAUUUAAGAUAAUGAGGCCAAAUACAAUGAAUAAGUAUGGUGCGGUACUUGAUGAUUUUGGCCUGGAAGCUGUGCUGAACCAGUUCAUGGAGGAGUUCAUAGCUCCAAUUUCUAAAGUUUUUUACUCUGAGGUUGGUGGGGGGACAUUGGACUCUCAUCAUGCUUUUGUUGUUGAGUACGGGAAAGACCGAGAUGUUGAACUUGGUUUCCAUGUCGAUGAUUCUGAGGUAACAUUAAAUGUUUGCCUUGGCAAACAAUUCUCUGGUGGUGAAUUAUACUUUCGUGGCAUCCGCUGUGAGAAUCACGUGAACUCAGAAACACAACAUGAGGAAAUGUAUGAUUACUCUCAUAUUCCUGGACGAGCUGUGCUUCAUCGUGGUCGUCAUAGACAUGGUGCUAGACCAACAACAUCAGGGCUCAGAAUGAACCUGCUUUUGUGGUGUAGAAGCUCUGUGUUCAGAGAGAUGAAGAAAUACCAGAAAGAUUUUUCUGGUUGGUGCGGCGAAUGCCAGCGCGAAAAGAGAGAGAGACAGAUUCAGUGUGUCAAAGCGACCAAGCUGGCAUUUCUUAGGGGUGGUGGAGGGGGAAUGAUUUAAGCCAUAUCUACUGCAUGUAUUUUUAUAGUCUUGUAUUAUAUUGACAUCGUUUGAUCAUUUGGAAUACAUGUAGUAGUCGUUCAGCUUUCUGCCCGUAUCUUUAUUAAUGUUUCAUGUAAAUCUAGACUAACUGCUGCAGGCUGCGUGAUUUGCCUCGCGCCUUAUAUAUUGAAAGACUUCAGUCUCACAAACAUUA